AUUAUUAUACCUGCAAGAGACCUCGCAAUAGCUUGGAGUGAGGAUCCUCGAUACUGGAAAUGGACAUUUAAAGAGAUCAACGGUAAGAAAGUUGAAGUGGCUGAACUUAUAUAUGUCUGGUGGCUAGAUAUUCGUGGGAGUAUCAAGGCAGAGAAGCUAUCACCUGGUAUUACAUAUGAAAUACUGUUUGAAUUAUUGCUAAAGGAAUCUCGCUAUGAUUGGAAAAAUCCUGUUAACCUCAAACUCAAGUGGUCAGAUGGGUUAACAAUUGUGACUAACGAAUCUCUAGAGAAUAAGCAACGAGAUGUAUGGUUCCCGAUCAAGGUCGGGGAAGUCAAGGUCGACGAUGGUGUAGGGGAGUUGACGUUUACCUUGUAUGAUCAUGACGGAAAUUAUGUUAAGGAAGGGUUGGUUGUGAGAGCUGCUGUAAUUCAACCAAAGUGACCACAUUGCACUCACAACUUCUUUCUCUAGCUCAUCAAACUACAUACUUGUAUUUUGGUUUAAAUAAAAUGAGAGAGACAUACAAUAGCUUGUUUUUAUUAUAA